GCACCUCAGACACAAGUGUUUGACAUGACUCAGAUGCAAUUGCUUAUGGCGCAAAUGGUUGAGACGGCGCAAGCUGCGUCGCAAGCUGCUCAGGCUGCAGUUGCAAGGCCAGUGAACACCACAGCUGGAUUUGCUGAUGCGAAUAAGAUUUUGAAUCGACCGAAUGAGUUUGGGUCCUCGAGCCACGAUCAGGACCUUGCAGGCUGGGCCGAGUGGAGUCACUCGUUCCGUACAUGGCUUGUGUUUGCCGAGAGUGAUUUUGAGGUUGAUUUGAGGUUAGUGGAAGAGCAUUUGGACGGGCCGGUUGACCUGACUAUGGCCACCCCUGCUCGCAUUGCAAGAUCGCAGAGGCUGUAUGCCAUUUUGGCAAGCCUCCUUCGUGCAAAGCCGAAGGCCAUCCUUCGCCAGAUCACUGACAGAAACGGCCUGGAGGUGUGGCGCGUGCUGACCAACACGUAUGCGCCGAAAACGAAAUUUCGUGGUUUAGCCCUCCUCAACGCGUUGAUGGCUCUCCCCACUUUCACCAAAGAUCGUAGCCUGCGUGAGCAAAUCCAUGGACUUGAGAGAGUCGCAGAUGAGUAUCAGAGAGUGACAGGGAGACAGCCAGGCGAAGAUGUUCUCCUCGGCACGCUGGUUCGCUGUUUGCCGAAUGCCAUAAAGCAGCAUGUCCAGUUGCAGAUGACCGAAGCCAGCACGUAUCAGAGUGUCAGAGACUACGUGUUGGGGUACGAGGUGACGACAACGUCAUGGACUUCGGCCAAGAUGCAUCAGGCCUUAGGCGUCGUGCCCAUGCCGUCGUCCUCGGAUCAGGGCCCGAUUCCGAUGGAAGUGGAUGCACUUCAACGAAAAGGGCCCAAAGGCGGCAAAGGAGGCAAAGGCGGCAAAAGCGGCAAGGCGGCAAAUGGAAAACCAGGCAAAGGCGACAAAGGCGGCAAAGGGGGCAAAAGCGGCAAGCCAGCAGAUGGAAAACCAAGCAAAGGCGACAAAGGGGGCAAAGGGGGCAAAAGCGGCAAGCCCAAGGCUGCAGACAAGCGCGACAUCCAGUGUUAUAUCUGUGGGAAGAAAGGCCACUAUCAGUCUGAGUGUUGGCAUAAUGCCAAGGGUCGCAAAGGUGUCCAGCAGGUUCAAGGCAGUGAUGCCGCUAGCACCGUUGCUCCAAGCACUGUUGGUCCUUCUGUGUCGCAAGCUGCAGGCCCCAGCAAUGCAGCUCCAAACAAUGCCAGGAAUGUGAAUCGUGUUGAGCUUGGCCCCGUCGAGAUUGACAUGACAGGCGACGAUGUGCAAGUGUAUGAGCACGAAGCCGUUGACAUCGAGGUCGUGGUGGACUCAGGUGCUGACAGCCAGUGGUACAGAGACGCUCAGGGUCACCGCAUUUCCGGUCGAGAGACCAGGACGGCAACAAUCGAGAUUGGAGGUGUGAAGUUUCGUGAGCAGUGGCUGCUGUCAUCAGUCACACAGCCCCUAUUCUGCGUAGGCAAGCUCAUGCGCAAGAAUGGAUGGGACAUCAUCCACGAUCAGGGCAAGGUUCCACACCUCACGAGCCCCGACGGCUCAGUGCGUGUUCCGUUGUUUUACAAGAACUACAGUUUGCAUGCCAAAGGCUUCAUCCGAGGUGUGUUUGGGCAGGAGAGCGCAUCCGAGCCAGCAGUGCGAGCACUUGAGGUGACAGAUUUUUGGUUGAGUCUUGAUGACCAAUUUCAUGAAGUUGCCCCUCUUGUGUAUGCAAGGCGUGAUUACUCUGAUUGUUUUCUUGAUUGCUGCACUCCCCUCGCGCAUCUCGGUGUGAAGUACCGAACCACAAUCCGCCAGGACAGCUCAGGCUGGGAUGCUGUUGAGUUCAACCAAGAUGUGAGUUUGCUUGAGCAGCCUGAAGCUGAGUUCGAGCCCCGGCGGAUCUACCAUAUGAUCACGAUUGGGUCACGCAACAAGGUUGAUCUUGAUGUGCUUUUCAAUCGCAAGCCCAGUGCAACCUUUCCAGCAACGGAUGAUGCUGAUGCUGAGAUGCGCGAUGAUGGGUUGCCAGAACUGCCUCAGGAGUGUGACAGUGACUCUUUUGAUCAAGAUGAAGUUCUAGAGGCCAUAGAUAAAAUUGUAGAUGAUGAGGCAGCUGCAGCCGCAGCCAAGCAACAAAGCAAGCAAGGCCACAUCGUCGUUGAUGGCGUUGAACUUCAUGAAGGCUGCAACUUGAAAACAAUCAGGGCUGCAUGUGAGGCCUUGAAGAUUGGCAAAAGCGGUGGCAAAGCAACCUUGCUUGCCAGAAUUGCCGAUCAUCUUGACAAGCAGCGUUUGCUUGAGCACCAUCAAGUUGAGUACGAUCCUAUUGCCAGUAGGCUGCAGCCGAGAGAGCAAGCCCCAGCGCGGUCCGACAAGCAUACAAAGGCGAGGACAGCCACACGGGAGCCACAGUUGCAAUUCCUACACCUGCCAAGGGCGGUUGCAUUGCGGUCGGACGGCGAGGCCACCUGUCGUGCCCUCGCUCAGGGUGUGAAAGACCUGAGGUUGCAAAAGACGCUUGAAGAUGCACCUGAACAGGCAGCCGACCAUGCUGCAGUGCCAGAGGUUGUUGUGAAUGAUGGACCACAGCCCAUGCCGUACCCCGGGCACAUCGUGCCUGAUGAUACGCCGUUGGUGGAACUGUUGCCACCACCGCCGUUGUUGCGCACACCUGAACCUCCGACGCCUUCGAAUCCAAGUGCUGUCACACCUGCACACAUGUUGCCAAGUUUCUCGCCACUUCCUGCAGGCGAGGGAACAUCACCAUUGCCGAUGAUCGUCGAGUCAGGCGAAGGGCCUGGCGGGGAUGCACCGCCACAGGCCAGCACAGGCACCGUGAGGCCAACAGCUGAGGUCACAGAGCAUGUUCCCCCG